AUGGAGCACUUUGAGAAGGAGGCCUUAUAUACCGCCAAGAAUCCACCAUCCAUAUGGUUCAGGUACGUGGAUGACACGAUGACCAAACUUCAUGAGUAUGAUAUUGAGUCGUUCUCCUCACACUUGAACUCCAUAGAUGAACACAUUAAGUUUACGUCGGAACAGGAGGACGAUGGUAAGAUACCCUUUUUGGACACUUGUGUUCACGUGAACGACGAUGGUUCCACCAAGGUUACUGUUUACCGAAAACCAACACACACCGACCAGUACCUGAACUUCAAUUCCAACCACCACUUAGAUCACGGUAGUCAGGACAUUAUUCCACCGAGAAGAGAAAUAGCAAGUGAGAAACACGACAACAAACUAGAAAUUGAACACUGCAACACUGCAAUUAGGGCCAACGGCUAUCCAGAGUGGAUGUUUACGAUCCCAAAGAAGAAAGACAAAACACCAUCUGAUAAAUCCUCCAAUAAAAACCAAAAGAUCAAUGAUGGUAUGCCAUACAUCCGGGGCACAUCAGAAGCUCUGCACAGAACAUUCAAGAAAUAUGGAAUCAGCAUGUACCAUCGGCCAUAUAACUCAAUCAGACAACAAUUUACUCAUGUUAAAGAUAAAACAGACAAAUUGAAAAAGUGUGGGGUGGUUUAUUACAAAAAGUGUGAACAAUGCAAAAACGAUUAUAUAGGUGAAACAGGAAGAUCAUUGGUCAUAAGACUGAAAGAACAUGUAGCCAGGUCUAACUCGGCCAUACAUGAACAUUGCUCCCACACAGGAAACAAGAUUGAUCGAAACAACACCAAAAUACUAGAUUCCGAGGACUCGCAUAUCAAACGUCGGGUCAACGGGGCAAUACACAUUAAGCAACGAAGACCGUCGCUAAACCGGGAUGGGGGGCUGGAACUUCCGCCUGUGUACAAUUCUCUCCUCGGGUCACGUGGCCAUCCUACGUCUCGUGACUCGUUCAACUGA